GGGCAGUUCUUCGUUUCGGUUCUCACUCCUGAUUAAAAAGGAGGAGUAUUCAGACCAACGUGCCUGACUAAACUUGGUCCUUUGGCAGAGACUGUGUGCUCCCGGACAGCAACAAGCUGCUUUAACUAGUCGAUUUUGGCGAACAGGACGAACUGACAGACAACAUGGCUGUGGCUGGCUGCACGAAAUGCAUUAAAUAUAUGUUAUUUUUCUUUAACUUUAUUUUCUGGCUGGCCGGAGGCGUGAUCUUAGGAGUGGCUUUGUAUCUUCGCCAUGACAGUCAAACCAGCAACCUCCUCAUACUGCAGUUUGAAGGCCAGCAGGCACCAGGAACCUUCUAUAUCAGUGUGUACAUACUGAUAGCUGUUGGAGCUGUGAUGAUGCUUGUGGGUUUCCUUGGUUGUUACGGUGCCAUCCAAGAGUCUCAGUGCCUUUUGGGAACGUUCUUCUUCUUUUUGGUGAUCCUCUUUGCUUGUGAAGUGGCUGCAGCCAUCUGGGGUUUCAUGAACAGAGACACGAUCUCAAAAGAACUGAUCAACUUCUAUGACUCUGCAUACAUCAAGGCUGUGGACGUUUCAGGAUCUCCCAGCAAAGACUCAGCCAUCAAGGUGCUGGAGGUUUUCCACACCACGCUUGACUGCUGCGGUAAAGGUGAUGACACGGCUCUCUUCAAACAAGUCGUCGGCGCAUUAUGUCCCAGGAAGUCUGCAGAAGAUUUUCUGAGAUCUCAGAGCUGUCACGACAAGCUGAUUGAGCUGUUUUCAGAGAAGCUCUACGUGAUCGGUUUGGCUGCUCUGGUUGUCGCUGUCAUCAUGAUCUUCGAGAUGAUCUUCACCAUGGUGCUCUGCUGUGGGAUCCGUAACAGCCCAGGAGUGUACUAGAAGUCCAGCCAACAAGCUCUUAUUGUACAAUGUGUCUCCUUACACCCUUCCCCUUUCCUCUUCAGAAUGAAACAACUAGAAGGAUGUUUUAUUUUUAUUUUCAGAUAAGGAAACCUUGUUUUUAAUAUUGCUAAUCCAUCAACUCUUAUCUUUAGCACACAUAGAUAUAGCUUCUGUUAGAUUGACUUUAUUUAUCACUGCAUAUUAAUACAUACAGUGUGUUGGGAAAGAUUUCUCUGAAGUCCUCAAACAUUUUGAUAUUUCUACGGAUGUAAAAAUUGUGUAUAUACUUGUCAUAUGUUAAUAACACAAGGGAGAGUCCAUGGAUUCCCUGACUGAGCUUUUGCAGUAUUAAAGAGUAUAGUAUUAAAAGUACAGUGUGAUAAAAUAACUAAAGCAGCAGGUUCAGGAUCAUGUACCGUCUCUCUGUAAUGAUCACUGACAUGAUAAAGUAGCCUCUGUGUCUGUUGGUCCUCUGUGCGUCUCUUCUUUGUGGACAAAAACAAUUAAGUCUGCUCACAAAACCUGUUUUAAUAACGCUAAUAAAUUAUGCUCCACUUUCUUUAAUUUUUUUGGGUGGAGCAAACAAUA